AUGGCAGAAAAGUGUGCCAUUGCAAAAGAUAUUACUGAAUUGAUAGGUAAAACACCAUUGGUGUAUCUCAACAAUAUCGCCGAUGGUUGUGUUGCUCGUAUUGCUGCCAAACUAGAGAUGAUGGAACCCUGCUCUAGCGUUAAAGACAGGUACAGUAUGAUACAAGAUGCAGAGGAGAAAGGCGUCAUCAGGCCUGGUGAGAGUGUCUUCAUUGAGCCUACCAGUGGUAAUACUAGUAUUGGCUUGGCUUUUAUGGCGGUAGCUAAGGAUCCUGCUAGGGGCAUGAAAGGGGCUGUUCAAAAGGAGGAAGAAAUAAAGGAAAAGACCUCCAAUGCCUACAUUCUUCAUCAAUUUUAA